AGAUCCGUUUAGCGCUGAGGCUAUAUAUUAUUCACCAGAUCCGUCAUCACAAUACAACUGAACAACGAGGAGUGUUGGUCACCUCUCUAGUCUUAUUUGCCUUUUUUAUCUUUAUAUUUAUCUUCUGAAGUCCUGUUCAUCGAUCAUUUCUGUUAAAAUGAAUCGGACAGGGAGCAUGUGCACACUUGAUGAAAUCAGAUGGGACGACAGAGUGAACGGGCGCAGGCGGCUCAGACUCACUCUCCACGACCAGAACCAACCGCAGCCCAUCACAGAAAAGCCAAUUGGCAGAGCUUUUGCUUUGGUGCAACCAACCUAUGAACGGCAACCAGAGAGCUGGACAAAACAGGACAAGACAGAGCGGAUCAAGCCAUCUGAGGGUCAAGUCGAGGUCCUUAAGGUUUAUCUGGACGAACGUAAACAAGCCCAAACCAGACACCAACAGAGCGUGAAGAUGCUUUCAGAAGAAGUUUCACAAAUACAGGAGGUGAGAUAUUGUCUGAAGAACCUCCGGGAGCAAAUGGCAGCUAAAAGUCACAGGACCGAACACAGGCUGGUUUUAGCUGGAACUGGCCCGAGAAACGUUAAUGUUGUUGAUGGUACUCAUUCUGUGCCAACAAAGACUCUGAACGGCUUUGAACGACAGGAGAGUAUGGAUGAGCAGGAACGAGAGAGGAUGAGAGAGGCCAGUAAGCGUCUGUACGCUCAAAUGCAAGACGCAGAAAAGAGACACCAGGAAGAACGAGAAAGACUGCUGGAGGAAGCUGAAAAGUACAAGCAGCAGCUUUCAGAGCAGACUGACUAUCUGAAGGGAGUUCGGCUGACCAAAGAGCAGCAGGAUCAAGAGAUCGAAGACAUGCGGCGUCUUAUGAGCGGGAUGGAGCAGGAGAGCUCCACCCUCAGAGAGCAGCUGAUGAUCAGAGAAGCUGAUCUCCUUCAGCUUCGGGAACACCGGGAGGAGGGCCAAGCGGGGAGAGAGAGGUCAGAAGAGCUGACAAAGGAAAACGCAAUUCUGAAAGAGAAGAUUCAUCACUUGGACGAUAUGCUUAAAAGUCAACAGAGAAAACUCCGGCAAAUGAUCGAACAGCUUCAGAACUCUCGCAUGGUGAUCCAGGAGAGGGACAGAGCGAUCAGAGAGCUGGAGGAGAAGGUGGCCAUGCUGGAGGCAGAGAACAAACAAAUGCGUGAUCAGAUGGAUUAUUACCUCGAAGGUCAAAGGUCGAAUUCUUACCUGCCUUCGGAUAGCAACGCCCAGAUUGUCUACAGCAAGCCCUUGAGACCCUCCACCCAGACCAACAAGAAUCUGCCCUUCAUCAAGGUCAUUGAAAUCAAAUCGUGAACGUUACCACAGCACUGUUUUGUGACAACAGCACCAUCAGCACACAGUGGAUGUGAUGGGUCCACAGGCACCACCACAUAAUGACCACACGCGUCACGGGCCUUCACCAGAGGACAUUCAGAUUGCCUAAAUGUCCACAAUUUUUCAAUACUUGCAGAGUGACAUGUGUACAAGAUGUCUGUUACCUAGAAAUAAUAUUAUUGCUGUCAUGUACUCAAACAUGGAUGUAACUCUUGUUAGGUUUGACGAAACAGGACUGUUUAAGUGUCAUAUAAUAAUGAAGGAAUCAUAACUGAAAUAACAGUGAAGGAAGAACAGAUGGAUGCUGGAAGUAUUUUGGUAUUUAUUGAGGCUGGACCUCCAAAGAUGACGCGGCCCUUCGCUGACCAUUAAUGGACAGACUGUGUUGUUAAAGUCUCUCUUUGGAGCUCUCUUAAUCCGCAUUAACUCCACUGAAGACCUUUAAUUCAAUCAGAGGUUCUUAUUCUGUAUUUGAGUCACACGUGAAGAUGUGUUAAAAGGACGAAAGAGAGAAGGAAGGAAUAUUUCCGUUGUAUUAUAUGAAGGAAAGAGAAGUACACAGGUUUUUUUUUUACAUUUCUAUCUGAAUUAAGGCAGGAAGGUGUGUUGUGGCUAUUGACAAUAUGGCAAACAAAUCUGACUCAGGCAAAGGAUCAGACAGGCCAAGCCCUCAUUUCACAAGCAACAUGGACGAUUUUAAUAUAGAGGACAGUCUGAGAACGCGAACAACAGUCACACGCGUUGUUUAUGUCUUUAGUAAUGUUGCUAGGAUACGGCGACAAUGCUGAAGUAAUUUAAUGAGAGGGUGAUGCACUCCCAUUGAUGCUUAUUUAGUACCUGAGUCAAAACUGAAACACAUGUUGAUAUUUGGUCUACAUACUAUUCUCAACCAAAUAUUUCAGCAGGGAGAAUCCAACGACUUGACCAAACAAUCUUGUGAAUGUUUCAUAAGUCUGAAAAAAUGUAACACAUACCCCCCACUGCGUCACCAGUCCAGGCCAAUAGGGCACAUGGUGGCCUCCAUUCUCAGUUCCAGCGAAACAAUGAAGUACAAUCUAGUUACUCAGUUAGCCAUUUACAAUAUUCAUUAAAGUGAUUUUAUUGUACCUAAAGUUAAUCUUAAAAGGAGCAUCUGCCCUCCACGAGGACCUAAUGAAAUACCUGCAACAGAGAUUAUUUAUAUAUAAAUCUUAUAUUUAAUUCCAAACAAAGAUGUUGAAAUAUGCAUUUCAUUGCCGUGUUUAUACACUUUCACUUUUGUAAAUACUGUUUUUAUGCUUUUUUUCUUUUUUCUGUGUGAACUAACUGUAAAUAGAUUUUUCUGAAAGAGCUCAUAACUACAGAUUUUGCUUUGUGAAACAAAUUAUUUUCAAUCAAGCUUAAAUUAAUGCCAAUGCAGUUUGUGUUUUAUUUAAAUAAAAUAGUUUUUUGAGA